GCAGCGGGGGCGUCACGUUGUGCUGCUCGGUCCAAUCAACAGAAACUUUCCGAACAGAGAUUUGUAAGAUGGCGACCGCCGAACCGGAAAUUAACCCAAGUCCACCCCAGCCUGAUGAGGACGGAGCUGAGGAGACAGGCCAGGAGAUCGUGAGCCCAGAUGCCUACAUCAAACACCCCCUCCAGAACAGAUGGUCUCUGUGGUUCUUCAAGAACGACAAGAGCAAGACGUGGCAGGCCAAUCUGCGACUCAUCUCUAAAUUUGACACAGUUGAAGAUUUCUGGGCUCUCUACAAUCACAUCCAGCUGUCAAGCAACCUCAUGUCAGGCUGCGACUACUCUCUAUUUAAGGAUGGCAUUGAACCCAUGUGGGAGGACGAGAGGAACAAGCGCGGCGGCCGCUGGCUGAUCACACUCAACAAGCAGCAGAGGAGAUCAGACCUGGACCGCUUCUGGCUUGAAACGCUCCUGUGUUUAGUGGGCGAGGCGUUUGACGACUACAGCGACGAGGUCUGCGGCGCCGUCGUCAACAUCCGCACAAAAGGAGAUAAAAUAGCCGUGUGGACGUCAGACUUUGAGAACCGAGAUGCCGUGACACACAUAGGGAGAGUUUACAAGGAGCGCUUGGGGCUCCCCAUGAAGAUGACCAUCGGCUACCAGUCGCACUCAGACACGGCCACCAAAAGCGGCUCAACCACCAAGAACAAAUUUGUUGUUUGAGGAAGUGCCGUCUGCGUCUCUUUCUUUCUUCAUUUCUUUGUCUUACUCGUUGUCGGUGCCUACGUUUACUUUGCUGCGAAGACUCUGCGGAAAUGCAAUCUGGAGGGAAGAAAAGGAAACUCAAUUCAUAACUUUUUACGCCAAAUGUUUCCAUAAACUGUCCAAGACUUGAACCACAGGAAAGAACAUGAAUGUUCCACGACACUAAUAACGACGUUUAGAGAGCGGCAAACUCAGCUAAAGAAAUCUUUGUUGAUUUUGUUUUCUUUUGUUUUUAAUGGCAGAGAAUGGUGAAAUGCAAACACAAUGUAUAUUUCUCUCCCAUUUUCUACAGCAGUGUUGAUGUGCUGUAAUCUUAAUGACAUUAAAACCCUUUUAAUUUAUUACAUUAAUUUGCCUGCAUAUUAUUAGAUCGUUAGACCUUUGUUUUAUGCCCUUUUUGCCUUGUACUGUUGCACAUAAUCACCCUUUGAAAGUAUUUCAUGACUCAUUCAUUUGAGUGUUAAUAUAAUUAAAUCAUUGGUUUUGCAGUUA